CAGCCGGCGCAUACCGCGGGUUCCCGGGCGGCGCGCGUUCACUCUCCUCGGCUCCGGGAUGAUUGGCCAGAAGACCCUCUACUCCUUCUUCUCCCCGAACCCCGCCGGGAAACGACGUACCCGCAGCCCCGAGCCGGCCGACCCAGGGACCGGCGUGGCGGCGGUAGCUGAGGAGAGCGGGGAUGCGGCGGCCAGCCCCGCCAAGAAGGCCCGGGCCGGACAGGAGGACCCCGGCACGCCCCCCACCUCGCCGCUGAGCCCCGAACAGUUGGUCCGCAUCCAGAGGAACAAGGCCGCCGCCCUGCUCAGACUCGCCGCGCGCAACGUGCCCGUGGGUUUCGGUGAGAGUUGGAAGAAGCACCUCAGCGCCGAGUUCGGGAAACCAUAUUUCAUAAAGCUCAUGGGAUUUGUUGCGGAAGAAAGAAAACAUUACACCGUGUACCCACCCCCACACCAAGUCUUCACCUGGACGCAAAUGUGUGACAUAAGACAUGUGAAGGUUGUCAUCCUGGGACAGGAUCCAUAUCACGGACCCAAUCAAGCCCACGGUCUCUGCUUUAGUGUUCAAAGACCCAUUCCACCUCCACCCAGUUUGGAAAACAUUUAUAGAGAGCUGUCUACAGACAUAGAUGGUUUUGUUCAUCCUGGUCACGGAGAUCUAUCCGGGUGGGCCAAACAAGGUGUUCUCUUACUCAACGCAGUCCUCACCGUCCGGGCACAUCAGGCUAAUUCGCAUAAGGAGAGAGGAUGGGAGGAGUUUACGGAUGCGGUCGUGUCCUGGCUAAAUCACAACUCCAGCGGCCUCGUCUUCCUGCUCUGGGGCUCUUACGCUCAGAAGAAAGGCAGUGCCAUCGAUAGGAAGCGUCACCACGUGCUGCAGACCGCUCACCCCUCCCCGUUGUCGGUGUACAGAGGGUUCUUUGGAUGUAGACACUUCUCUAAAACCAAUGAGUUGCUGCAGAAGUCUGGCAAGGAGCCCAUCAACUGGAAGGAUCUGUGACCCUAAACUGGGGAGGCUGUCCCUGGGCCGGCUUUUAGAAGCUGCUAGUGAAGUUACUCGCCAAGAGUGGCAGCAAAGCCUCUACUCUGGGACCUUAUGUCUGUCUUUGCAACACGCCUUUGGACUAAAAUAUACCUUCACGGUAUUUGGGAGAGAGAGGCGGUCAAAUACUCCAGACCACCGCUCUCUGUGUCACUUUUAUGGUAAAAGGGGACAGGAAACAGAAGCACCUUGUGGUACAGCCAGCUGUUACUUUAGUUGGACUUUAGGUUGUAGUGUUGGGUGUGUUUAUUUAGCAAGGCCCUCCUUUGCCCAGCUUGGCUUCCCGUUCUUGGCCAAGUACACUGCUCCCCGCAUCCUUCUGAGAGCCCCGAGGCCCCUCCUUGCAGGAAGCAGGACAUUUUGCAAGUGCCCAGAAAUUUGGGGCUGAAAGUUCUUGAGGACUGAUCUCUGAGUGAGCCUUCAACAGAUCGGGAGAGGGAAGUGAACUGGGGCUUGUUUUCUAGUUACUCUAUGGGUGUUCCUAGGAAUAAACAGUGGAAGUUGAACUGGAAGAAAGAGAAAGGGGAGUUAUUUUUUUUUUUAUUUUUAUUUUUUUAAAGAGGAAAUGCUUUUCUUCUCCGGAGUAUCUCGAGUUGGGGGAUUUCAGGAAGCACAGAGUGCCAAUUGCUGUUUUUUUAUGGACUGAAAUCACAUGGGGAUUUUUUUUUUCAACACUGGUGAAUUUUGCUGUUUUAAAAAUACUUCUGCAGAUGUAUAUAUAUAUUUUUUAAUCCUUUGUCGGGGAGACCGUCUUUUGUUAGGUCUGUACCUCCGUCCUCCAUCCUGUUAGAGAUGCCGUUGCUGUGUUAGUUGGGGGAAAGGGGACGUUAACUCCAAGUGAGCUUGGCAAUAAAAAGAUAGUUGAAGUUUCA